AUGCCUCGAGAGAUUCUGAACUUCCAACGUGAAGAAAACGAGAGCAUCUCGCUCUCGUUUUUCUCCCUGGAUGAGGAAGUGAUUUCGAUUCGAGCAUCUGUUGCCGGAUUGGAUAAUACUGAAGAAAGCUACAUAGAAGAGAAUGUCUCCGAUGGUAGUGCAACGCUCUAUAGCAAAGACGGUGAAUUUCCUACUCCCGCAGUUCUCAGAGAUGUUGUUGCUAGCUCCGUAGCAAGACAUCCGUGGACAGACACAAGAGUUGCACUCAACAUUCGUAAUGAUUACAGUCAACGUGAAAGAAGGCAUCUAGCUGCCAUCCUCCAAGAAGAUACUGCGGAUGAAGAGUCGAGCCUCGGCACCUUCAAAUUCAGUCAAGUCUUGCUAGUUGCCCUUGGCAUCUAUGUAAUCUGUGCCAUCUUCGCCAUUGGGUGCUCAGCCGUCUACCAUGCUGUUUAUUAG